UUAUUAUUUCCACAAAAUGCUUCCUCUUCUUUUUUUUUGGCCAUGCUUUCAUGCAUCUUUCAUUUAUCACCCAUUCAUCUGAAAUGCAUUAUUAAGAAGUUUAAUUAUGUUGAGAUUUUGAUUUUGUUUCUGGCAUGAUUUAUUUUCUUUUUAUGCUAUUUCAAUAUUUUUACAUUAAAAAUUACUUGAAAAUAUAAAGAGUUAGAAGGCUAUAUGGAUUUAAUUGACUGCACACACACAAAUCCAACUUUACUGUUUAAACUCUAUAUAAAAAAUUCAAGUAAACUGUAGUUUUAUGUAUAUUAAAAAUCAAGUUACGUCACAACUUUAUCUCUUUACGCAUAUAAAUCCUGAAACUCAGAAAAACAAGAAAAUUAGGCAAACACAAUCACCACAAUGUUAUUUGCAUUUUAGUUUUUAUUUUAACCGGUGAAACCAAAAUUACUAAUAAUCAAAAGGUUCAGAUAUCCAGAAAAAUAGAACUGAAGUGUACCACCUGCUAGUCAUAGUCAACGAGUAGCUCCAGUUAUUCACUUUGUCAAAGAGAGUAUCUUCAGUUAGUUUUUUUCCUAUGGACAUUUAAUAUACCGCCACAAAUAGACGCGCAUAUUAAUUAUCCCGGCAAAAAUUGAUAAAAACGAAACCGCUCCAAAAGCGUUUAAUUCGAAAGUCUCCCGCUCCCUUACUAGUCUAAAACCCUCCUUCAGAUCUUCCCCACUUCACUCUCUCUCUCUCUCUCUCUUUCCCUUCGUCUUAAUCUCAAUGGCGAAAUCAAGCAGAUCCAAAGGAUCGUCAAACAUCGGGAACGGCGUUAUCACUCCGACGCAAAUCGCUUUCCUCGUCGAUCGUUACCUCCACGACAAUCGAUUCUCCAAAACCAGAUCCCUCUUUCGAUCCGAAGCUUCGUCUCUCCUCUCCAAUUCUCCAGUCCGCGAUGUUCUGAAGAGUUAUCUGACUCUUGAAGAUAUAUUGAAAGAUUACGUAUCCCUAAGGGAGCAGAAAGUGGCGUUGGAUCAUGAGAAAGUGAUAUUGGAGAAGGAGAAGGUUAGGGUUCAGAAUCUAUUGCAGGGGAUGCAGAAUGUUAUGAACUCUUACAACGCCACCUUGACCUCUCCUCCUCCUCCUCCGGUGGCAGCUCCGGCUUCUCAACGGAAGAACCACACCAUCUCAUCAGGUUGCACUCAGGACAAUACACCCAAUGCUAUGUCAGUAUCUUUGCUGGGUAACAAAAGAGUAGGCUGUGGGAAUUUUUCUACACCUUCGACCACUCAUCAGCUUAUAACCAGAAAACGAAAGGGUUGUGAAACUUCUAUAGAAGCUCCUUUGGUAGCUAGGAAAGCUCGAAUUGGUAACUCAACAGCAAAUGAGUCUAACAGGAUCCCACAAGCGGAGAAAAUAGCUAACGAUUUCUCGUCUCAACCUCCAUCAGAAACACUAACAUUGGCGAAAAACUCAUCAGCUAAUAAGUCUAAGACUGGUGAUGUGUCGAGCGUAGCUGAUUCAUCGCUUACUAGUAAUUCAACAUGCCUUAUGACACCACAAAAACAUGCUUCCUCUGUGAGUGGUAAGUCCAACAGUCCCCAGAAAGACGUUACCCCUACAAACUGCACGAUUGUUACAAAGGAGAGAUUCACAAUCAGCCCUCUCAAGCAAAUUACUUCUUAUACAAUGGAAAGGAGCCAACUUAUCUCUUCUUCUUCUUCUUCGCCGGUCAAGUCCAACCUUAAGAUGUCAAAUAAGAGAGACCAUGUGAAAGGAAGACUCAACUUUGAUGACACUGACACAGACAUGUGUCUUGAGGCAGCACCUACCACUGCAUAUUUGGCUUCAUCUUCUCCAUCAGGGUCUGAGCCGGAAGUUGAUUUAUCUGACAUUGAUUUUUCUAUCUUGGCUGAAGACUUCUCAUUCUCAGAACUACUAGUUGACUUUGAUAUUGGUUUUGAAGGAAGUACCCACAAAACACCCAUUGAAACGGUUUCAUGGUCGUCUCCGGAAUCAGGGAAUGGGGGAUCUAUAGGCUGAUCAGGCCAUGUCAGAGUAUACACCAAAUGCGCUUGAAGUGAUUCCAUUUUGGUCUGCCUCAUUUGCAGGAGAUGAUGCUGAGACUGCUGCAAAGCCCUCUGCUGGUGCCUAACUAUGGUGACAAAGUCUUCUGAUUCAGUUUGUAUAUAUUUAACUUGGUUUUAACUCUACAGUAUACCAAAUGAUUUCUCUCUAUUGAUGUCGACAACAAAAUAUAAAGUACCUUUAUUUAUGCUUGAGAUGUGUCAGGUGGUCAGAAAAUGGCUUACAAUAGAAACUAAAUGGCUUAUGUUUGGUACAUGACUCAAGCCAAGUACUUCUCCAGCUUCUUCUUUGCUUCCGUGUCGACGAUGGAAUAUGCUAAAGAAAAAAAAAGUUCAUGCGCGUGGUAUAAGAUGCGGCGUGAUGCUGCAUUAGUAUUUGACUAUUUGUUAACGCACGCUAUAAAUUGACAACCAAUUAUCACACAUACUAGUUUCUGAAAUAUUUUUUGCUUAAAUACUAGUUUCUGAAAUUUACAAGUUAUUAGUUGUUCAAUGGGAAUAAUACGACAAUAUAUCUUGAGAAGGAAAGAUUGUACAUAUAUCAAGUUAGCAAGGUAGAUGAUUUUGAAUUUUUAUUACAAUAUUCUUCAACCAUUGUACGUACAAUACUGUAUCUAUUAUGUUUUCUUGCAUCGAAAUUACGUUUUUAAUGUUUCCAAUACACUAGAUUACCACUACAAAUUAUAAUACAUGAUUUUAUAAUUUCUCCUUAAAAUUGUACCGGUAUUACUUUGAACUAAUUAACGCGUUGAGUCAAAUACGGACGUGCACACAUGUACGCACGUUGCUUUGUUUCCAAGAAAGCCACCUACCUGAAAGUCUUGUAAUGAAAAAGAUAAUUCAACUAAAUCUUUUACAAUAGUUUAUGUCUUUGAUUACGUUCGCUCAACUAAUAAAAAUGCCAAUUUACAGAAGAAAAGUAUUACACUCUUUAUAUACUAUAUCAUGUCUAGAUGUCAAAAAUAAUGAAGAAUAUUAAAAACUCAAAAAACUGGGUACAAAAAACGCAAAUAUAUAAUUAACUUAUAAGAAGCACAUACUUUACAUAAUAACCAUACUUGUUUCACUUAAGCUUUUUGAAGAUCGACAGAAGCUUAUUCAUCCAGUAGCAUACAAGUUCCAGCACUCAUUUUAAAGAUUGAAAUCAAAUAAUGGCAACAAUAUAUAUAGCAAUUCAACAAUACGACUAAGGCUCAGACCGGUGUAAAUGCGACAGUUGCAAGAGUUUACGGAUGGUUGUAGAUUUAAGUGUUACAAAGCGAUUUGUAUGACUGAUAUAGUGAUUAGAAAUUAGUCUGUUUUCAUGAUACUAAUGACUAGUUAACUACCAAAUGAUGCAGUAGUAAAUAAUAAAUUAACAAUAUUAACAAUUUAUAUAAUUAUUAAAAUAUUAAAAAUUAUUACUAUUACUAUUACAAUAAAUGUAAAUUAUAUUUAAUAAUAUUAAACUCAUAAAAAUUAUUUGUGAGUUUAUAUAUCUAUAGUUUAGUGUCUAAAAAUUAUAUCAAAUAUUUUUUAAAAGUUCUAUAAUAUAAAUUAAAAUAUAAUAUAUAUAUUAAUAUUAAUAUUAUUUUUUCCAAAAAAAAUCAAUAAUAUUUUUUAUUUGUCAAGAUUUUUUUUUAAAAAAAAUUUAUUUAUCCUUCCGCAAUCUCGCAAACGCUACUUGAAACCAAUUUUUGAUUUUUAGAGGUUUGAAACAAUCUGUAGCAGUUUAGAGUAUUUCUGUAAUUGUAAAAUGUGAAAACCGAUAUCAUCCGCAAACAUAGUGUGUGGAUGGUAGCAACAAAACCAGUUAAGCCUUUAUAUAUACAAGAAGUACCCAGUACAUACGUAUAAGUUUAGAGACAUCCAUGAACUUGUAAGGGAUCGCUUAAUUCAAAGUUUCAAAAUGAAAAAAAAAAUUGGUCAAGCACAUAACGUAGAACAAAUAAAAUUGCAAUUACUAUGUAAAAUAUAAACUUUACUGUUGCAAAAAAAAAACAUUAUGUACUAUUAUAGUAAAACCAUAUUUAGGGGGAGGUUACAAAGAAAAAAAAAUAGUAAAGGCAAAUCGUUAACUAAAACAUCUUUAAACCAAAAAAAAAAAAAUUAAAACAUC